AUGUCGUUUCAUUCUUCAAGCCCGCAGCGAGUCGCAAUCCAACUUGCCAACCGGCAAGACGACAAUGAAUGUGGCUCAGAUAAAGCUGGAUAUUACAAUACGCCGCUGCAUGUUAUCGCUCUGUUUAUUAUACUGGUCCUGAGCACAGUGGCAUGCUCUUUUCCGAUAUUGGCACGCCGGUUUCCUCGAUUACCUAUUCCGCGUCGCUUCCUGUUUAUCUCCAGACACUUUGGCACCGGUGUCCUCAUAGCUACAGCAUUUGUCCACCUGCUCCCGACCGCGUUCAACUCUCUCACGAACCCAUGUCUCCCCGAAUUCUGGAAUAAAGGCUACCCGGCAAUGGCCGGGUUUAUUGCAAUGCUUGCCGUCUUUCUCGUCGUGGUGGUCGAAAUGUUUUUUGCCAUGAAGGGCGCAAAGCAUAUACAUGGGAAAGAAUACGAUGAGCUUAUUGGCGAAAUAGGUCUCGAGGAGAUGAGGAAUAGACAUCCCGAGGCGGUCGACGACGAGUAUCUGCAGCUAGACAGCCGGGUUGAUCAGAAUACAAGCUCUCACCACCAGGAGAGCCAUCAGAAUAAUACUACCACUCUCGAAAGCACGGAUAUGCUUCCUUCUACGAACCCUGGAUAUGAUGGUCACGACAAGGACGAUGAUGAUCUCGACCUGGAAGAUCUGGAUCCAUAUUCCGACGAAACCCAUAACCUCGAUCCCGAAUCCCCUCCUCGAAAUACAGGCCACCGACGCCGAGUCAGCGAGAGCAUCCCACUGCAAAAUCCUCAGAAGCAAUUACUCCAAUGUCUCCUUCUCGAAGCAGGUAUCCUCUUCCACAGUAUUUUUAUUGGCAUGGCACUUAGCGUGGCAACGGGGACAUCAUUCGUCGUGCUCCUUGUAGCCAUAUCCUUUCACCAAACCUUUGAAGGCUUCGCCCUGGGCUCACGCAUCGCGUCUCUAAUCCCGGGCCUUUUCCCGCCCAACUCGCUCAAGCCGUGGCUAAUGGCUUGCGCAUACGGAACGACGACGCCAAUUGGACAGGCACUUGGUCUGUUUUUGCACAAUUUAUACGACCCGGCAAGCACCAUGGGCCUUUUGAUGGUGGGAUUCACGAAUGCUAUCAGCAGUGGUCUGCUUCUUUUUGCUGGCCUGGUAGAGCUCCUGGCUGAGGACUUUUUGAGUGAUUCGAGCUAUGACACACUCAGAGGCAAGCGCAGGGUAGAGGCUUGCAUUUCGGUACUCGGUGGCGCCUUGCUCAUGUCCAUGGUUGGCGCAUUUGCAUAG